UUCUCAAUGUCGUGUCUUGAGCAACAGAGGAGAGUUCAUAAGAUAAUGCUAAUAUAAUAAAUAUAUCAUGCUUAUCGGUCGUACACCUGUCCUAACUAUAAGUUAUUAUUUAAAUGGUUUUAAAUUGAUGCUUUCCUCGUCACUUAGUCUUCAAGAACUUCAACUCGACAAACAGCUCAAUCCAUACUUUUUCCACUUAGAAAAUGGAGGAAGAAGCUCCUCAUCAAUGGCUGAACCUAGCACUCAUCUCGCUCCCCCUCCUCUUCCUCCUCUACAAACUCUUCCUCCAUAAGAACACAACUCCCAACCACCACCUCCCACCGAGCCCUCCUGCCCUCCCUAUCAUCGGGCACCUCCACCUGGUCAAGGAGCCCCUCCACCGAACCCUACACCAUCUCUCCCUCGAGCACGGGCAAGUCUUCUCCCUCAGGCUCGGCUCACGCAAAACCGUUGUCGUCUCCUCUUUGUCGGCCGUCGAGGAGUGUUUUACCGAGAAGGACGUCGCCUUCGCCAACCGGCCCCGCUUGCUAUCCGGGAAGCUCCUUAACUACGACUACAGCACCAUCGGCCUAUGCCCUUACGGUGACUACUGGCGUAACCUCCGCCGCUUCACAGCCGUGGAGAUGUUCUCGGCGAGGCCUCUUGCCGAUUACUCACCUGUCCGGCACAAGGAGGUUCUUUCCCUGGUGAAGCAACUGUUUCGAGAUCACGGCAGUCUCGGAGACACGAAAGAUAGGGAGUGGCUGAAGGUGGAUAUGCGACGGAGAUUGUUAGAUCUUACAUUGAAUGUGAUGAUGCGCAUGAUCGCCGGAAAGAGCUAUUUUGGGAGGUGCCAGGUGUCGGAGGAAGGGAAGGAGUUCAGAGAGAUCACGAGAGAGUUCUCGGAGCUCUUCGUAAGCGCUGGGUACAUCGGGGAUUUCAUCCCAGCGCUGUGGUGGGCGGAUUUUCAGGGGGUGAAGAAGAAGAUGGAGAGCGUGAUGAAGGCGGCGGACAGGUUUUUCCAGCAGCUGGUCGACGAGCACCGCGGGAGAAGGAUCGAGUCGUCGUCAUCGUCAUCAUCGAAAGGGGUCGGCAGGACGAGAUCAUCAAGAACGACGUUGAUCGAUCGGAUGUUGGAUCUCCAAGAACAAAAUCCGGAAUUCUACACCAACGAAACAGUCAAAGGCCUCGUUCUGGUAAUGCUGCUCGCCGGAGCUGACACCACGGCCACCACGAUAGAAUGGGCAAUGAUACUUCUCCUCAACCACUCGGAAGCAAUGCGAAGGGCUUGCGACGAGAUAGAAUCCAAGGUAGGACAUGACCACCUCCUCGAAGAAUCCGACCUCGCUAUUCUCAACUACCUUCAAAACGUGAUCAGCGAGACAAUGAGGCUGUAUCCAUCAGCUCCGCUACUUCUUCCUCAUGAGUCCACGGAGGACACGACCAUCGGGAACUUCAGCGUUCCGCGAAGCACGAUGUUGCUGGUAAAUGCGUGGAGCCUUCACCGGGACCCCGAGCUGUGGGUGGAUGCCGAGAGAUUCAUGCCCGAGAGAUUCGAUUGCGGCCAAGAGAGUAAUGAAGGGUUUAAAUUGAUUCCUUUUGGUGCCGGAAGGCGAGCUUGUCCCGGGGCUGUUCUUGGGAGGAGAGUGGUGGGGUUAUCGUUAGGAGCAUUGCUUCAGUGCUUCGAGUGGCAGAGAGUUGGCCUGGAGGCGAUCAACGUGACGGAGGGCAACGGCAUCACCGCGCCACCGGCGGAGCCUUUGCAGGCUUUGUGCAAGCCACGUGAAGUCAUGAGGCCCUUCCUGCUCCUGGCCAGUGGAGAUGAUAUGGAGUAAAUCUCA